GGCCGCGGGCUCAGAUCGCUGAAGUCGUGGACGCGAUCCUUUCCUCUGCAGCCGUGAGGAUUGUUCUUGCUGAGGAUUUUGCCAUUUUUCUUUUUUCCUUCUUUGGGGGAGGAUUUCGCUGCCUUCCGAAGGUCUUGAACGAGCGCUCGGGCUCCGUAGGAAGGUUUUGGGCUUUCCGGCCUCGGAUUUUGCAUUUUCUCGCUGGGGACUGUCGUGGGGCUGCUUUCCACUGUGGAUUAUAACUGCAACAUGACCCUGGAAGAGCUCGUGGCGUGCGACAACGCGGCGCAGAAGAUGCAGACCGUGAGCGCCGCCGUAGAGGAGCUCCUGGUGGCCGCGCAGCGCCAGGACCGCCUCACCGUGGGGGUGUACGAGUCAGCCAAGUUGAUGAAUGUGGACCCUGACAGUGUGGUCCUGUGCCUUCUGGCGAUUGAUGAAGAGGAGGAGGAUGACAUCGCCCUGCAGAUCCACUUCACACUCAUCCAGUCUUUUUGCUGUGACAACGACAUUAAUAUCGUCCGGGUGUCAGGCAUGCAGCGCCUGGCCCAGCUGCUGGGUGAGCCAGCGGAGACCCAAGGCACCACCGAGCCCCGAGACCUGCACUGCCUCCUGGUCACGAACCCUCACACAGACGCCUGGAAAAGCCACGGCCUGGUGGAGGUAGCCAGUUACUGCGAAGAGAGCCGAGGGAACAACCAGUGGGUCCCCUACAUCUCCCUCCAGGAGCGUUGAGACUCUUCCCAGCAUCAGAACCGGCUGGGUUGCUACGAAAAAAAAAAUAAAAUAAAUAUUUGACCCCUCCCCCCCAGAACAACCCCCCCAAACGACCCAACCUGUGAGACCAUGGGGGCAGAAUCACUGGAGAAGAGGGGAGCAUGCCGCUGCCCCCAGGGCGGUGAGCCUGGAGCAGCGCCCGCUGUGGCCCCCCCCCCGCCGGGAGAGGAGAAGAGGGGGACCCGGGCCAGCAGGAGAGGGGAACCUGGAGCUCAGGCUCUGCAGCAGAGCAGCUGGAGUGGGGGAGCUGCAGCCUCCCCCACAGUGGAGGGCCUGGACUCCAUACUCGGGGUGGAGCGAGACCUACUGCGUCCCCCCACCCUGCUUGAGACCGGCACUGGCAUCUGCAUGGGCCUCGCUUGAGCGGGGGUCUGCACCCUUGCCAGGACCAGACUUUGGGACUUGGGAGCUGGGGCUUAUGUUGCUCUCUGUACCCAGGAACUCCCAGUUUGCAGACGGAAUAGACAAUCUAUUUUGUUACUUGCACUUGUUACUUGAACCACUGAGAGAGAUGGGAAGCUUACAGAUACAUAUAUUUUUACUUCUACAGUGACCUUGUAAUAAACUUCUAAAGCUUC